ACCAAAACGAGUCGAUCACAAACCGAUAAAACACAUCAGCGGAGGGGGGAGCAGGGUGGUGCUGACUUUGUUUUGAAGUCUUAGCAGGACACUGGUGUCAAAACUCGAAUAAUGUAAUCUAAAAUGCUUUUAUACAAAUCAUUUAAGUUGUUUUAUUAUUUCAAAUCAUUCAAAUAAAAGAAAAACCCAGAGAUGAAUGUUGUGUAAUACUUCAUAUUGCUAUCACCCCCCACGGACACCUGUUGAUGUGACCGACCCGAGAGACCAAAAUCGCCGGGCUGGUUUAUUGUAAAACGGGAGGGAUGUAAGGAUCGAUAUACUACAGACACAGUAUAAUUAACCAUAAACUGUUUUCAAUUAAACCUAUGAUACAUUAAUUCUUAUAUAGAAUAUACCAAAAUAAACAUGGUCACAAUAUAUAAAUUCUUAAAUUAUGUUAAUAAAACUAAAACAUAUUCCUGAUCCACCCUCCACCCGUAUAAUUAUAUAAGACCUCAAAGUCCAAAUCUGACCACCCUUUUGAGAUUUAACGAACUGUAAAGAUGAGGAUGGAGAAGCUAUUUUGUUUGUUUGUAAUUCCGUUGUUUGUCUUGGGGUGCGAGCGUACCAGUGAAGGAGUGAGAUGUCGGGUGUGGGACCAGAACAUGCUAAAGUGGUUCCGAGAUGUGGAGAUGAUGGAAAUUAACUACCUAAACCAUGGCGUGGACCUGAAACAGUUUCCGCGGCUGCGGAAAUUUGUUGUGAGGGAGGCAGUGGUGUCGUGCGAGGAUAUUAUAAGCGGCGAGACAAUCAUCAUCAUCCUGAAUGACCAGAUCUGCCAGGAGACCCAAACUCAAGGAUCCGUGUCAGACCCAACGACAACCUCCCCCGCAUUGACCACCACCACUUUGACCGAAAUUGCCGCCUUGUCCUUCAAUAAACCCUGGAUUUAUGCCACCGGUAUUGUCACGAGUUUACUGGGUUUGAUCACCAUAGUCCUGUGUAUUGUUUGUGCACACAAUUACUGUCGGAAACCUCGCCGCACAAUUAACAUUGAACUUGACUCUGUGAGUUCAAUAACUGAGUUUGACUCUUCAGUAAUGAGAGAAAUUAAAAUUGAUUAAUUGUUGCAGUGUUUUACGUGAUAUUCAAAGUGGUGAGGUUGAUGAUGACCGGCGACAGACAACUCCCUCAACAAAUUGUUCAGCCGCCUCCUGUUGUGGAUGAUGCCCCACCCCCACUCCGACGAUCACAGCGACAGAGACGUCGACCCAAUCGUCUUACAUAUUGAAUAUAGAUUGUAAAAUAGACUCA